GGAUGUCCAGGCUGAUGGGGCCGCGACGGUCGAGGAGGACGGCGGCUCGCCGCCGAUGUCCCGAACACUUCACUAGUCCAACCAACCGCCGCACGCCGCCCCCUGAUCCCCUCGUGGCCUCGUUGCCGUCGUGCGCGGUGCGCCACCUCCACGGCGCCGCUCGCCGUCGUCCCCUCCCUUCUUCCCGUCCUACUCUCUCGGUGUGCGCGCUCUCCGCCUCCGCCUUCCAAGCGGGAGCAAAGCUGGAAGGAUGGAAGAGGGGGAGGCCAAGAAGACAGGCCUGGAGGGCACUGGGCUGUCGCUCCCGGGCAGCUCACACGGCAAUCUACGGAGCGCCGGCAGCGACCAGCAGCUGAAGCAGAUGCUGGACUCCCUCAAAUCGUCCAAAUCACCCGCUGUUAUCAACUAUGGUGCCUCAUGGUGCCGUGUUUGCAGUCAGAUUCUUCCACCCUUCUGCAGGUUCAGCAAUGAAUUCAAGAAUCUUACCUUCAUUUAUGCUGAUAUUGACGAAUGCCCAGAAACAACACAAAACAUCCGAUACACCCCAACCUUCCAUUUCUACCGGGAUGGAGAGAAGGUCGAUGAGAUGCUUGGUACAGGAGAAGAGAGGCUGCAUGACCGGUUAUGGUUGCAUUCUUGAUAGGGAUUUGCCGGGCUGUUGGUCUCAUGCACAAUAUUUUCUCUCUCUCUUUUAUCCUACUUUCGUGCUUUGUUGUCAACCUCUGAGCCAAUUCAAGGUUUAUGUUGGUGUUUGUAAUGUUGAUCAUGGUCAUCUUUAGUGACAUACACCAUUAUAUAUCAGAAUUGGUGUACCGGUUUUUCUCUCAUGCUUAUGUCAAAACUGAGAAAGAAUACCGUCGACAUUACGAUGCAAACAUUUUUAGUAUCGUCCAGUUUGUACGAUGGUGCUGCUGCAGAUUUCUGCUAA